GCACUUGAUCUGGAUACAAGUACACCUAGUCCCUAUUAUUCGUGAAUAGGCAGUUUUAAGCAGAAAUGGCAAAGGAAUAAAUUAUCUUUGGUCGGUUUAUGAUAUGUUUAGUAUACAGUUUGGAGAAGAGCAUGAACCUCAAAUGCUACACCACACACCACAUUGCAUCCCUUCAAAUCACAGCUGUAUGACACAGUCACACAAAUGUUCUUUAGAGAUAUCAAGAAAUCCAGUCAUCAAGUUGAUACACCAUCCCAAUUAUCAGUACGGACAGAGAGUCACCUACAGAGUACUACAGAAAUUGUUCAUCAAAAUAUCAUCUACAGACACUCAACACAGAAGUAGAUUUAUUUCUUGAAAGAACAUCAACCUGAAGCCAAUUAAGCCACCAAGACAGAACAAAACUUGCAAGUACAUGUACUGUAUGAGGAAGUCACAUCUUGCAUUUGGGAUAAAAAUAAUCAACUGGACCUGACUGAUUUCGAGCAUCUUGGAACAAGUAUUUCAAAUGAAUUUGCUCUAUAAGUUAUCAUUAUUAUUAUUAUUAGUAGUAGUAGUAGUAGUUGUAUGAUUAUUGUACAUAAAGUAUAAAUUCAACAUGAAUUUUCUCACCAUUUUCAUACUAAUUAUCCUUGUCACAUGUGAUACAUGCAUGUGCAAAUCCAAAGAUGAAAGAAAGACUGUUUUAGAAGGAGAUAGUGUACAUUUUCACUUCCCAUAUCCAUGUAACAGUACACUAAUCACACUACAAUAUGGCUUAAGAGAGCCCUUUUACAGUUUGAGUGACAAUACAGAUGCUGAUAUUGGACCAGUAGAAGUGGACAGAUUCACUUUCAAAAUAAGAAAAGAACACAGCCAUUGCUCAUUAUUUGUUAGAAUUAACUCUGUAAUUAGAACUGAUGAAGGACUAUACAUUUUUUUUGCCUUUCGGGAGGGUAAUGUACAUGGUGAUUCAUUUAAAAGAAUUGCUUUGGAUGUUGAUUUCCUUCCUGGAAAGGCUUUCUGUACACAAAAUGAAGAAAGCGCAACUGGGAAUUGGGUAACAUUAGACUGUGUUGCUCUAGUUGAAAGUCCAUCAGGUCAAAUUGACUGUUAUCAAAAUGGAGAAAAAAUGCCUCCAAUAACAUCACCAACUCAAACUUUCCAAAAUUUGAAGCAAACUAUAAUUGCAAAGAAAACUUAUCCUGUUUUUUGUUGUACAUCUUUCCAAGGGAAUGCCACAGAUAUGUGUGAAUGUAAUGAUUUUGUAUGGGAUUUAGCCAAUAAUAAAAACUUGAGUUCAUUGAUAGAUCCUUGUGGCCCAUUGAAAUCAGAUCAGCAUGGAAUUCAGACGAUAGCCCCUACUAUCACUUCCCCGGAACUUGUACCAUCAACACUACCAACUGCCAAUAAAAAUUGCACUCCAUGCAGUUCAGACCAACUCAAAUAUGUUUUUAUAAUCAUUGGUCUCAUUUUAUCUCUUUCAAUUACAUAAUUGUGAUUUGGGUAUACCUGUAUUAAUAUCACGUUAAGAAAAGAAAAUCAGACUUCUUCAGAUGGGAGUGAUUCAAAUUUGAGAAUAACUCAAACACAUACAUUGUAGAUUUUCUGAACCUGCAAUAAAGCCAUUCUGGCACAAUCAAUCAAUAUCAAUAUGAAGAAUACAUGAAAUGAAUUCUUUUUUCAUUCUCUUUUUUAAAAUUCCAUUUAGAUGAAGUUUUAAUCAUAGUAAAAAAUGAUGAGAUUUGCAAGACUUAAUCAUAUUCUAAAACCUCACAUAUAAACAAAUUAAUGGUAAUGGAAUUUUCAAUGUUGGAUCAACAUAAUUAGAUUUUUUAAAUAUGAAUGGAGUUUUUUGUCAUAUUUUUUUCUUUUUCUUAUUCAAAUAAGUGUAUCAGGACAAAUACCAUAAUUGUUUGACCAUUGCUAAAAUAUCAUUGGAAUCAUAGUCUAUUUCACUACAGAAUAUUUUGGUAACCACAGUACAACACUCUUUCAAAACUAUGAGUUUUAAUUAUUUCAAUUUUACAUUGCUCCACUGCAUUUUCUAAUUUUUUUGUUGAAUCAGGAAGCUUGAUAAAAUAUUCAAAUGUGUGUUUAUUGAGCAGAAUGGAAUAUUAAUUUAAAACACAAAGUUGAGAAAUAACCUAAAAGGUACUUUACACAAUUUACAUGAGUGGGUUAACACUAACCCACAAUUUAAAAUGUGUUGUACUAAUACUUAAAUCAUAUCUAUGAGCUAAAUUUAAGACAUGGGUUUCAAAAUUGGUUAAUUCCAAAGGUUUCGUUUAAUACCUUGGUCACAUUUGUUCUAUGGGGUUACGCGAUACGUUGCCCGGAACGGUGCAGGCAGGGGCAGCGCUCUUUUUUCUUUUUUCUCCCUUAAACGUUUUGUGUACCAACUACAUAUAGGUGGUUUGAAUUAAAAUUAAUAAAACGGCUGUUUUCGACUCGCCGUACGGCCGCCGUAGAUCAAAUGUGACCAAGGUAUAAGUAACCCACAAGUAAAAGGGUGGCAUUAGAUGUCAUUAAUUUAACCCGACGUCAAAUGAUGUUUUAUCCCAGGUAGCUUGAACCUCUAAACACAGAGUUCAAAAACCCAGGUGUUGAAUUAAUACAAUGGGUUUUAAUUGUGAAUACACCUUGAAGAAUUUUCAAUCAGAAAAAAACAAUGCUGCAAAUAAAACGUAAUCUUUUCUAUAUUGCUUUAGCACAUUGAGGAAGAAAAUGCAUACCUUUUACAUUUGUAUAGUUCAUGUUUGUAACUGAAAGAUAAUGAUAAAUGUGUGGAAUGUUGGUUUAUUUCACAGGUGAUUGAUAUUUUUUGGUUGUAUGUAAUUAAUCUUGAAUAUAAUCUCUUAAAACUUCUUUCAGUGUACUUGUCACCAAGAUGUACUGCCAUACUUAAAAAAGGCCUAAAUUAUCACUAGAAAAAAACCUAAUUAAAAGACAGAAUGAAUACUUGACAUACAUGUACUACCAUGAAAAGCCUUCUAUAUGUAAAUUUGUCUGUUUAGUUUUGUGUCAUUGUGUGAUGCUAGCUUUAUUUUAUAUGUUUAUAAUUAUGUUGUUGGUUAUUUUCUUUUGAAGUGUGGAGUUAGUGUGUUGCAUGUAAUUAUCUUGUAUGUGAAUCAAGUAAACUAGUGGGGAAAAAAAAUCCUUUAUGGACAAUGAAGUAAUUCAAUUAUCAUCAAGGUGAACUCGACCAUCUUAAUGGUGUAAUAAAACAAUGACAGGUCACACUUCAAAGUGUGAGGUCAACUCUUCUAUGAUUCACAAAAUUUUUGUGCAAGAUUUGAAGGGGAAGUUCCCCCUGAAGAAAAGUUUGUUGUAAAAAUAGCACAAAAAAUAAUAAAAAAUAUUGGUGAAGGUUUGAGGAAAAUCUGUUAAAGAUUAAGAAAGUUAUUAGAAUUUUAAGUUUUGGAUAUGUGAUGUCAUAAACGAGCAGCUGCCCCAUGUGUUAUUCAAUAUAAAAGAACAAUU